UGAAAUCAUUAAUCAAUAAUUUUUUAAGGAAAACUAUUGCCCUUCAUAGCCACCUCUUAAAUACGGUCCUGAGAAUAUUCUUAAAGCUUAAAUGUUUACAUUAUAAAAUGAUAUAAGUUAUAUUAUUUUCAAAUGUACGUUCUUUUCUUUUAACAAUAAAAUAUUUCUUCAAAUUUCCUAUCAAAAAUAUAUUGCAUUCGUUAAACGUAAUUUUUAAUAACACCUUUUCUUUAGAAAAGUAAGAUACCUAUAUUUAUAUACCUAUGUUACUUAGGGUACUAUACAUAAUGAUGUUAUUGUCAUAUAAGUUUAGACCCCAUUGUUUGACUGUGUUUGUUCGAUAACCUUUCGACGAUAAACGUUUCUCCAGGAAACAUAUCAGAACCUAACAACAGAUAAAUAAACAAACACUUAAAAUGUACAGAUAACUCUAACGUCUAAUUUAUCGCCUAUAAAGAUUUUCUGUGGUUUUAAGUAUAAUAACAUGUUUUUGUAGAUUUUUUUCAUUUACCCAAUGAUUUGAUUUUGAGUGAAAAGUAAGUGAAUUCGAAAAUAGAUUUUUGUUGUAAUUCAUUUAAAAAUCGUGGAACUUUGAAGCAAAUAUUGUUAAUAGUAUAAAAAAUUUGCCUAUGACUUCAAUGAAUAACGUCGAUUUCAAUUUUUCCAAUGAAAAAAUAACGAGUAAGACAAACAAAAAAAUACGUGAUGCUAAUCUCUGUAAACUAGACAGUGAAAACAAACCUUUUACUAUUCCGCCGGAUCUCAAAUUUAUUGACAAAAACACAUACAAGCGAUUGAAAAAUAAAGCGAAGGUGAUAACAGGUGAAGAUCGACAAAUGGCUGUUGAGCAAUUGAUAUCGGAGAGAGAAAAAUUAGAAACUGAGAGUGCUGCAAGAAAAAAACGGCUACAAAAUUACGAUAACUUACGAACUAAAGGAAAAAAAUUAGCUGAACUAGAUGAUGAAGCAAACAAGAAAGCAAAUUACUUGUUAGCCAGGGCACAACAAUUAAGACAAGAUCAAGAGGAUGAGAUUAAAUGUUGUAACUCCUUAAUACUAAGUACUAAGUGUCACGCUAUUAGAAAUGCUCAAAUAGCAGAAAAGCAACUUAUACAAAAGGAAAUGAUGGAAGAAGAACGCAGGAUGACAGAAAUGAUGGAACAAGAACGAAUAUUGGCUUCUAAAAAACUUGAAAAGGCAGCAGAAGCCGAACAACUCAAGAAAAAACUGCAAGCAAUGGAGAUUAUGAAACAAAUAAAGGAGAAUGAGAUAGCUAAGGAAAUGGAAAAUGCAAGACUUGCUGAAGAAGCAAGAAUUAGAGCAGAUGCAGUAAUAGAGGCUCAACGAGAAGAAGUAAAUGAUUAUAAGUUAAAAUUAGAACAACAGGCAGCGUUGCGAAAAGAGUUUUUGCAGAUGAAUGCACAACUUAGAGAUAUAAAGAAAAUAGAGCAAGAAAUGAACACUAUAGAAAUACUUCAAAUUCAAGAAUAUACACGGCAAAAAAAUGAAAGAGAAGCAGCGUUCGAAGAAGAAACUAAAAAACAAAAGUUGUUAAAAGAUAAGACCAUUGCAAAGAUACAAGCGAGUCAUAAAGCAUCCCAUGAUUUACAAGCAGCUAAAGAUGAACUAAAUGCUUUGCGAGUUAGAGAUGCAGUUGAAAGAGAAUGGCGUCGUAAGGAACAUGAGGAAGCAUUAAAAAAAGUAAAAGAAGAAGAGGAACUAAAAGAAGCCAGACGUCAGCAAAUUGAAGAUCAAAAAAGAAAUUAUGCAUUCGAAAUUCAAAGAGAAAAAGAAGAAUUUGAUAAAAUCGCUGAGCUUAAUAUGAUUGAUAUUGAGAAAAGUAAAGAGCUAGAAAAUAAGCACAAGAAGAUAAUAGAGGAACACCGCAAAAAUUUAUUAAAACAAAUUAAUGAAAAGCAACACGAAAAAAUAAAAGAAAGAAAAAAGACAUUCGAAGAGGGUAUUAAAGUAAAAGAAGAAGAGUUAAAUAGACAAAAAACCCUAAGAGAAACAAUGAAAAAUAAAAUUGAUAAUCUCAAGAAACACAAUGUUCCAGAAAAAUAUAUUCAAGGAAUCGAGAGACGAUUGAAAUUAAAAGAAUAAACUAAUAAUGCAAAUGCAUUUAUAAUUUGAAUUUGUUAUAUUGAUAUUUAAAAUUGAAGCAAUA